AUGGAUCCGGCGUUCUCGCUCGCCGACGAGCUGGCGGACCUCCACCACCCGCACCACGACCAGCACGAAUUCGACGAUGGUGAUGACGGCGAGUUGCAGUUCCACCCACACCACCACCACCACCACCACCAUAGCGCAUACUCGCUGGACGACGAAUUUGCACACGGAGGGGGAGCGGGCAUGAUGGGGUUGGAGGCGGAACUGGAGGGGUUGCAUUUGGAGGCGGGGCCGGGGCGGGGACAUGAUCUGGCGUCCGAGUUGAUGGGUGGCGAGGCGGGGGGGAGCUUGGCGGCUGAGCUGGAUCCGGAGUUUGCGGAUCGUGGGACCGCCGACGGGGCUCGAUACUCGACAGCAGCGCAUGGGGGGUCGGCAUCUCCAGACCGCGCGGCUUCGCCUGCACCUGCGUCGGCGAGUACCAGUGUACCGCAUCUGCCACCGACGGAUAUCACCGACACGCUCGAAGCUACCCAAGCCUUUCUUGCGCGCCUCUCGCGCCUCUCGUCCUCCUCGACCACCGCAAAGCCGUUAGAAUCCUCGGCGGGAUUUGAGGGGGAAGAUACCGCCAACCUCGAGUCGGCGGCGGCGAGCUAUCUGAAGCUGGUCUCGCAGUGCAGCAUGGAACGAGAAGCACAACUACGCGAGCUGCGCGAUCUCGACCGGCGCCUCGAACGCUCCACUGGACCUCUCAACCCCAGCUGGUCCGAUCGAGCAUCCACAUCGAUACCCGAAGAGUCGUUCUCCCCGCCCGCCUCCCCCACGUCCUCACGCCACGGCCGAACGACCUCGCUCAGCAGCGACACCACGGUCACGCUCCGCACCGUAGCCCCCCUAGUAGACACAUCGCUGUUCGCACCGCUCUACACGUCGACCUCGUCGCUGCUCACCUCGCUGACCUCGCUGCAUGAACACGCGCAGGUCGCCAAGGGCAGCACGGCGGAUGCGGCGCGCAAGCUCAAGUCGGCCAAAGGGCUGAUUGCACAGUGGAAGGCCGAGAUGCAGAGUGCCGAGCAGAGCGAGCUGUGGAUUGCGGCGCAUUCGGACGAGAGGGCCGAGCGCGAGAGGAAGGGCGGCGUGUGGGUGCGUGAGCAGGUCGAGUGGUGCCGCAAGCGCUGGGAGGAGGCCGAGGGCCGUGCCGGGCUGCUCUUGACGCCCGUCUCGAUUGCGCUUUGA